AUGAAGAUCGGGUUUAUUGGUGGCGGCAGGUUGGCCUUUGCAUUGGCAAAUGGAUUUAUUUCUGCCGGAUUAGCAAAACCUGAUGAAAUCACAGCCAGUGUCCAUCCUGCAGAUGUAGCCAGCGCUGAGGCUUUUAAGUCUUUAGGAGCAACCGCCAUUUUUGAAAACAAGUCAGUAGUGGAGAGAUCUGAAGUAGUCAUCGUGUCAGUGAAGCCUGAUGUUGUUGGUCCAGCAUUGCGGGAAAUUAAAGAUCUCCAGGCGUCUAAAAACAAAUUGUUUAUAUCCGUCGCAAUGGGAGUUUCCAUUACGAGCAUAGAGAAGGUUCUUCCACCAGAAGCCAGAGUAAUAAGAGUAAUGCCAAACACACCAGCACUUGUAACGCAAGGUGCUGCAGCUUUCAGUAGGGGCUCCAGAGCUACAGCAGAAGACGCUAAAGUUACAACAGAGCUAUUCAAAGCUGUUGGCACCUGUGAUGAAGUGCCUGAGUACCAAAUGGACGCUGUUACAGCUUUAAGUGGAAGUGGACCUGCCUAUGUGUAUAUGCUGAUAGAAUCCCUAGCUGACGGAGGAGUCAGAUGUGGGCUACCUAGGGAUUUGGCUCUUCGUCUUGCAACACAGACGACCUUAGGGUCCGCAUCUAUGCUUAAGAACGGAGGCCAUCCAGCUGCAAUGAAAGAUAAUGUGACUUCCCCUGGCGGUUCAACUGCAGAAGGAACUUACCAUUUAGAACAAAAUGGUUUCCGCUCAGCGGUUAUUGGAGCAGUAAUGGCAGCAUCUAAUCGUUGCAAGGUGGUAAAUGAAACAUUGAACAAGUGA